UUCCCUCUCCUCGCCACCUUGGCCGCGCAUCUCUCGUCUCUCUCCAGCAUCGAAGCUUUCCUCCCUCGCCUUCGAUCUCGUCCAUGGCCUCCAAGCCCGCCGAGGUGACAGGUGGCGUCGACGUCCGCGACGGCGCUGGCGGCGACGCGGACGUGUACCGCUCCGAGAUGACGCCGCUGCAGAAGCACGUCGCCUUCUUCGACCGGAACAAGGACGGCGUCAUCUACCCCUCCGAGACCUACGAGGGGUUCCGCGCAAUCGGGGCAGGAGUGGUGCUAUCAGCUGUGAGCGCCGUGUUCAUCAAUGGCGGACUUGGACCCAAGACGAUACCGGAAAACACCAAGACUGGUUUGAAAUUACCCAUAUACGUCAAAAACAUCCACAAAGGCAAGCAUGGAAGCGAUUCAGGAGUUUAUGAUGAGAGUGGAAGGUUUAUUCCUGAAAAAUUUGAGGAAAUAUUCAAGAAGCAUGCCCACACCAGGCCUGAUGCCCUAACAGACAAAGAGCUAAAGGAGUUGCUCCAAUCAAAUAGGGAGCCUAAAGAUUUCAAAGGAUGGUUGGGUGGCUUCACAGAGUGGAAAGUAUUGUACUACCUCUGCAAAGAUAAGGAUGGAUUUCUACACAAAGACACUGUCAGGGCAGUCUAUGAUGGCAGCCUAUUUGUAAAGAUGGAGCAAGAGAAGCAGUCUGCUAAGAAGAAAUGACAAGACGUGCUGGGUUCUCUUAUCAUUUGUGAUUGUGUGCAGGUAAUUGUAAACUAUGGUGUGGAUGUGAAUCUUAAAUUAUUACUGUAGUUUGGUUCUGCGUGUUUGUUGACCCAUGAUUCCCGUAACAGCAAGGUAUUUGUAAAGAUGUUGGAAUUAUUUAUUUGAACAAGUAAAGAUGAUA